AUGAACACAUACACUCUUUUCAACUUUGAACAAGUGGACAUGUCCUUGAUGGCUUCAGGGAAUGGCUCAGAGAUGAAAUUGAAAUACUUCAACAUGGAUGAUAAUAUUUAUUCUUUGAACAAUCUCACAUUGACAAGCUCUUCCAUUUCUUACAACAUUCCUGAUUCUGGUAUUCAUUUAGACCUCCACUUUUCUGAUAAUGAAUUCAUUGGACAGGUCACCAAACAAGUUUCCAACAAUAGCUCUCCAAUCAUCAUUCGAGUAUUCCACAAAUUUACCACUCGUUUUCAACUCUUUAUAUCUGAUGAAAUCUACUCUCAGCAAAACUUGGAACAUUCUCUCUUUUCAGAAUGGAAAAAGCUGUACAUUUCAUACAGUAAGGGAGAAAAUGAUAAAUUUUCCGUUCAUUAUCAAUUACUGGAUAAUACAGAUCCUGCAUUGGCACCACUCGAUGGAACCAUCUCUUCUCGUGAAGGAACCACUCUUCUCUAUGAAAACAUUACAGCUCUGGAUGGACAAAUUAACAAAUUUGUUUUAACUUUUAAUUUUUUAAAAGAUCGAUUGAGUGGAUUUUAUGAAAAACGGCGAGAUGCAUCUGAAACAAAAUAUUGUAUGAAAGGAAUUGCUUUAGAAGAUCAUGAAAUUGACCAAGACAAGAACGGAAAGGGUUUUGUGAAAUAUGGUGAUGUCAUUAAAAUUGCUCAUACCAACACGAAUCAUCGUUUGCAUUCACAUGCGAUCAAUUACAAUACAGGUUCUCACCAGCAAGAAAUUACAUGCUUCUCAGGAUCUGAUGAUAACGAUUACUGGAUUGUGAAAUGUUCUCAUGAGCAAGAAGGUCACAACGAACCCUCAAUUAAGGAUGGAUCUAAAAUUUCAAACAACGCCGUAAUUCGAUUGACUCACAAAUCCACUCACAAGAAUUUACAUUCUCAUCAAGGUGUCAAUGCUCCCAAUGUAACACCUUUUCAGCAAGAAGUUACAGGUUUUGGAGAGAAUGGGCUUGGUGAUUCAAAUGACAACUGGAGAGUUGAGAUGUCUAAUGGACAACACUUUUUCCAGAGAGCUGCAUUGUUUCGUUUGAUUCAUUGCAACACAAAUGUAGCAUUGUCUUCCUCACAUCUAUUUCAAACGAAUGUGAGCAAGCAACAGGUUGUCUUUGGAAACACCAAUAGAGAUGAUGGAGACUAUUGGUAUGUACAUCCUUAG